CACAGGCAGCGACCGGAGCCAGCAGCGAGCGCAGGUCCUCUCUCUUCGCCCUCGAACGCGGAAUCUUACGACGACCCCCUUUCGACGACCCGGCGACCCCUCCUUCGCCCCUUCUCUCCGUCCCUUCGACCAGCGCCCUUCGUGGCAUCUUCGCGACCGCAUCUGUGCCCUUGUCCGACGCCCUGCCAAGCACUUCGGUUUCAUCCCCUUCGCCAGCGCCUUCGGGAGACUGUGGUGCAAACGCCGCCGUUGGGGUCCUCACCAGGUGUGGUUACGACUCAGCACGACCCUCGAGGAAGACCUUUGAGAGAGCCCUUGAGUGUUGAGGACGACCAGCGACGAGGAAAGAGGAAAACCUCUCGACGACCAACUUAGCGUGAGAUCGCUGCCUCUGAGCAUCGAGUGUGCGGCCGCGAGUGCGUGUGAGAGCGGCACUAGUGCCAUCUGUAGGAGUGGCACACGCGUGGCACUGCCCUCUCCCCUCCCCCUUUUCCUCCGUGUUGUGCCCCGCGCCCCGUCUGGAAGAGUUCCCCCUCGAGCCGGGCCUCGCGCACCCGAGGGCGACGUCCGUGGAGCGUGGCGGCGGAGCGUGGGCGGCAGGGCGGGCCUGGUGCCACACGUGAGCGAAAUUUCCAGGGCGAGAGUGAGGUGAAGACACAGUCGUGGCACUUGCGCCUAUUCUUACGGGGUGAGGCACGGCGCGUGGGCCGAGUCGACGGGCCUCCCUUCCCCUCCGGCUAUUUUGGUGGCGUUGGCUGGCGCCGGGCCCAGCGACGCCUCAGUGUAGUUGUGACCUGCAGGUGACGUGGAUCUUACGCCGCUACCUGCCAGUGCGGCCAGCGUGGUGGCGGUAACGUCGUGCUUGUCGCCGUCAUCGACUUGAGCGAGAGAGAACUGUGCCGCGGGUGGACGCCGCCGCACGUGUCGCCGAUAAAAGGUGAACAGGAAACUGUCGCAAGACGAGCGAGUGUCCGGCGAGAUAAACAGGCCCUUGGGCUUUCCCUUCGCCAGCGCCAACGACUUCGCCCCCUCGAGCGUGCCUGCACUCGGCCGCAAAACGUGACCACCAGCAGACGUCUCCGAAGUCAAGGAAGCAGAGCUCGCAGCGCGAAACAAAACUCCAUUCGAAUCGAGCGCCUUUUCCCAGAAUCGCGCUCCCAUUGGUAGAUAGGCGCCCGGCCCCGCCCCUGUCGCGAUAAGCCCCGCCCAGGAGUGACCGCAGGAUCAGGUGGUGCAGGAUGUACGGCUCAGGUGCACCAGAGUACAGCCAGGCGGGCGUGGAGGAGGACGAGAUGUCGGCCACGGAACGCGAGCUCGCCGAGGACGCCCAGUGGAAGCGGAUCCAACAGAACACGUUCACGCGAUGGGCCAACGAACACCUCAAGUCCGUCUCGAAGCACAUCGGCAACCUGGAGACGGACCUGAGCGACGGCCUGAGGCUCAUUGCCCUCAUCGAAGUGCUGUCGGGCAAACGGCUCCCCAAGCAUAACAAGCGACCCAACUUCAGGAGCCAGAAGCUGGAGAACGUGUCCGUGGCUCUCCAGUUCCUCGAGAGAACAGAGAACAUCCGCAUCGUCAACAUAGACUCCACGGACAUCGUCGACUGCAAGCUGAAGUUGAUCCUGGGCUUGAUAUGGACGCUCAUCUUGCACUACUCGAUCUCGAUGCCGAUGUGGGAGGGCGAGGACCAGGUCGCGCCCGGGGAGAAGGGACCCACGCCCAAACAGAGACUGCUUCACUGGAUCCAGAGCAAACUGCCCGACCUCCCCAUCACCAACUUCACAAGCGACUGGAACGAUGGCCGGGCUGUUGGUGCUCUUGUAGAUUCUGUGGCUGCCGGUCUGUGCCCUGAUUGGCCAGACUGGGUGCCUGCAGAUGCCCUCAAGAAUGCUACUGAAGCAAUGACCCUCGCCGAUGAUUGGCUGGGCGUUCCUCAGCUGAUCACACCAGAGGAGAUGGUCAACCCCAACUGUGAUGAACUUUCCAUGAUGACUUACCUUUCCCAAUAUCCGAACUCGAAGCUCAAGUCAGGGGCGCCUCUACGCCCUCGGACAAACCCCGGCCGGGUAAGGUGCUAUGGUCCCGGUGUCGAACCCUCAGGACCCGUGGUUGGAGCGCCCACGCACUUCACCAUUGAGACCUUCAGCGCGGGCAAGGGAAAGGUGGAGGCCCUGCUGCACAAGCCCGACGGACAGGUGGAGAACCUGGAGUGCAAGUUCAACAAUGAUCGUAAUCUGACAUAUACUUGCACGUACACUCCAAGCUGCGAGGGAGAUUAUGUUGUAAUUGUGAAGUUCAGUGGGCGUGAAAUCCCCAAGUCACCAUUCCGCGUGAACGUCUCAGGCUUUGCUGGAGACCCAACCAAGGUGACAGCCUCAGGACCAGGUCUCGAGCCUGAGGGAGUCGUCAUCAACAAGCCAACCUACUUUGAUGUAUUCACAAAGGGUGCAGGUCGUGGUACUCCAUCAGUCAUCGUUCUGGACCCCGAUGGCUUCAAGAACACGGUGCUUGUAAAGACUCGACAGGUCAGCGAGGACGUGUACCGUUCCGAGUACGUGGCCACGAGCAUCGGCCUACAUUCCAUCAACAUCUUCUUUGCUGGACAAUCCAUUCCAGGCAGUCCCUUCGGUGUCAAAGUGUCCCCAGUGUGUGAUGCCCGCAAGGUGAGAGCCUCCGGGCGAGGUCUUCAGCAGAAUGGCGUGAGAGUCAAGGACGAGGCUGACUUUAAGGUUUAUACUGAAGGAGCCGGGGAAGGGAAUGUCGACGUCAGGGUUAUUGGGCCAGGGGGCAAGGAGGAGUCAGUCCGGAUGAAGCAGAUUGACGAUUACACUUUCGAGUAUGUCUACCACCCAUGGAAGGAAGGGCGGUACAUCGUCAUGGUGACGUAUGGUGGCGAAGAGAUCCCUAAGAGUCCAUUUGAGGUAAAUGUAGGACCUUACAAGGAAACGAAAAUCAGGGCUUAUGGUCCCGGCCUGAAAGGAGGUGUUGUAGGGUAUCCUGCCCUCUUUACUGUGGAAACAAAUGGAGAAACUGGUGCUUUAGGUUUCAGUAUAGAGGGACCAUCACAGGCAAGGAUUGAAUGUAAUGACAAUGGUGAUGGGUCAGCUGACGUGCGUUACUUCCCUACGGCCCCUGGCGAGUACGCUCUCCACAUCCUCUGCAACAACAAAGAUGUUCCUGGAUCUCCGUAUAUUGCUCAAAUUCUUCCCAAGACGGAUUAUUACCCUGAGAAGGUGAAAUGCAAGGGCCCAGGCCUGGAGAAGAAUGGUGUGGUCUCUGGCAAGCCUGCAGACUUCCACGUUGACACAAGAGCAGCUGGUGAGGCUCCGCUAGAUGUCACAGUCAUGGAUGCAAACUACCAGCCGGUGAAAUUGGAUGCUAAGGAUAACAAGAACGGAACCUAUGACUUCUCUUACAAACCUACUCGAGGGAACAAGCAUACAGUUCAGGUGGCCUAUGGAGGAGUUGCCUGUGAGAAUUCCCCCUACAGGGUGUUUGUGUCAGAACCCACUGAUCCUGGAGCAGUCAAGGUCUUUGGGCCUGGUGUGGAACGUGGUGUCAGAUCCAACACACCCACACAUUUCAACAUUGACUGUCGUGAAGCUGGACCAGGAGAUGUCCAAAUAGCCCUGACCAACGCCCAGGGUCAAGACAUCCCCAUUGACAUCCAGGACAAUGGUGAUGGGACUUUCACCGUCGAGUACCUUGCUCCUUCACCAGGGGAUCACCGCGUCACCGUCCUAUACGCCGGGGCUGAGAUCCCCCAGUCCCCCAUUGUGGUUCCUGUGCAGUCCCACGUGGAUGUGACAAAGGUCAAAGUGGAUGGAUUGGAGCCCAGCGUGUUUGUGGAUUCCCCCACCGACUUCGUUGUGGACACCAGAGCCCUGGCCAACCUGAAGAAGGACACAAAGGGCGGUGUGGAUGUGAAGGACGGGAGAGGAGACGGCAAAGUGAUGUGCAUCAUCACCAACCCCUCGGGCACACGGACGGACUCUUUCCUUAGGCCUCUCACCGAUGGAACGUACAAGAUAUCCUACACGCCUUUUGAAGAAGGUCGCCACACUAUCGAUCUCCUUUAUGAUGGAGUGCCAGUGCCAGGGUCACCCUUCACAGUCAAUGUGCGUCGCGGAUGUGACCCCAACAAGUGCCAUGCUUUUGGCCCAGGUCUCGAUCGUGGCUUUGUGAAUGAAGUCAAUACGUUCACAGUUGAAACAAAAGGUGCUGGAACAGGUGGUUUGGGCCUGGCAAUUGAGGGGCCAUCUGAGGCCAAGAUGACAUGCAAGGAUAACCGUGAUGGUUCCUGCACUGUUGAGUACAUCCCCUUGGAGGCUGGGGACUAUGAUGUUUCCAUUAAGUUUGCUGACCAGCACAUUCCAGGAUCUCCAUUCAAAGUGGGCGUGGACCAGAAUGUAGACGCAUCCCAGGUCAACGUCUGGGGUUCAGGGCUGGAGCCGGGCAAGGUGCGUGCUGGUGUGCCUCUCACCUUCCACGUCGAUGGCUCCAAGUCUGGAAAGGCUCCUCUAGGGGUCAACAUCAAGACAGAUAAAGGACCACUGCCGAAGUCUCCCGAAAUCCGAGACAAUGGUGAUGGCACCUACGAUAUCACCUACGUGCCUCAUACGGAAGGAACCAUGCAGACGGCAGAUAUCACAUGGGGAGGAAAGCCCGUCCCUGGAAGCCCAUUCCGCACGCGCGUCCGCCCACAAGUCGAGCCGAACCGGGUGAAGGUGGGCGGCGCGGGCGUGUCGACCAAGGGCAUCCCCGCCUCCCUGCCCACGGAGCUCUCCAUCGACACCAACGAUGCUGGCCACGGCGACCUGCAGGUGGCGGUCACGGGUCCAGACGGCCACCCGCGCAAGGUGAAGGUGGUGGACAACGGCGACGGCACCUUCACCGCCUCCUACGUGCCUGACGACUGCGGGAAGUACAAGGUGUCCGUCAAGUACGCGGAUCAGGAGGUCGGACACUCGCCCUUCCCCGUGCAGGCCUACGCGACCGGAAAGGCUGACAAGUGCAAGAUAACGGAGGGUAUAAAUCACUCGUUAACGAUAGGAGAGGAGUACUGCAUCACUGUCAAUGCCAAGAACGCAGGCACAGGGGCCGUAACGUGCAGGAUACGAUCAACUUCUGGCAGUGACCUCGACAUCGACAUCGAGGACAACGGAGACGGCACCUUCAGCAUUUACUACACCGUGAAGGACGCUGGGGAGUACACCCUGUCCGUCAAAUUUGGGGGACAACCCGUUCCCGAUGGUUUCUACUCGUUCACGGCCCAGUCCGUGGAGGAGUACAGGCAGACCCAGACGAAGGUCAACGGCCUGCAGAGAAGCCCCAGCACCUCCAACUAUCGACCUGUUGAGUUGCAUAAUAUCCCGUUGCCGACUACAGGAGGCCACGUCACAGCCGAAGUCAAGAUGCCCUCUGGAAGCCUUGACAAGCCCCUGAUCGAGGACAACCGCGAUGGCACUGUGUCUGUCAAGUACGAGCCACGCGAGGAGGGCCUCCAUGAACUGCACAUCAAGUACAACCAGGAGCAUGUUCAGGGCUCCCCCUUCAAGUUCCACGUUGACUCCAUUUCCUCGGGUUACGUAACAGCCUAUGGCUCCGGUCUGGUUCAUGGCAUCACAGGCGAGCCAUGCAAUUUCAUGAUCUCCACCAAGGACGCUGGUGCAGGUAGCUCCACAUUGCGCGGCGGUCUCUCCCUGGCCGUGGAAGGGCCGAGCAAGGCGGAGAUCUCGUGCCACGACAACAAGGACGGCACCGUGUCCGUGUCGUACCUGCCCACCUCCCCCGGCGAGUACAAGGUCUCGGUCAAGUUCGCGGACAAGCACAUCAAGGGCUCGCCGUACUCCGUCAAGGUGACCGGCGAGGGGCGCAAGAGGAACCAGAUCAGCGUGGGCUCGCAGUCCGAGGUCAGCUUCCCGGGCAAGAUCUCAGACACGGACAUCAAGACUCUCAAUGCCUCGAUCCAGGCGCCGUCCGGCCUCGAGGAGCCGUGCUUCCUCAAGAAGCUGCCCAACGGACAUCUCGGCAUCUCGUUCACCCCGCGUGAGGUCGGCGAGCACCUGGUGUCCGUGAAGCGCAUGGGGACGCACAUCGCCAACUCGCCCUUCAAGAUCACCGUCGGCGAGAAGGAAGUCGGUGACGCCUCCAAGGUCAAGAUCACCGGCGAAGCCCUGAAGGAGGGCGUGACCCACAAGGAGAACCAGUUCACCAUCGACACGAGGGAGGCUGGCUACGGCGGUCUGUCGCUCUCCAUCGAGGGCCCCUCCAAGGCAGACAUUCAGUGCAAGGACAACGAGGACGGAACUCUUACCAUUGGCUACAAGCCCACUGAGCCUGGUUACUACAUCGUCAACCUCAAGUUUGCUGACAACCACGUUCCUGGGUCUCCAUUCACUGUCAAGGUGACGGGCGAGGGCUCGAACCGGCAGACGGAGCGCAUCAAGCGGCAGCGCGAGGCCGUCCCGCUUACCGAGGUUGGCUCUCAGUGCCGCCUGACCUUCAAGCUGCCGGGCAUCUCCUCCUUCGACCUCUCGGCCACCGUGACCUCUCCCGGAGGCAUCACCGAGGACGCCAUGGUGUCCGAGGUCGAGGACGGCCUCUACGGGGUCAACUUCGUGCCCAAGGAGCUGGGUGUCCACACAGUGUCCGUCAAGUUCCAGGACAUGCACAUUCCCGGCUCGCCCUUCCAGUUCACCGUGGGUCCCCUGAAGGACGGCGGCGCCCACCGAGUGCACGCGGGCGGCCCCGGCCUGGAGCGCGGCGAGCAGAACAUGCCGUCGGAGUUCAACGUGUGGACUCGCGAGGCCGGCGCGGGGUCCCUGGCCAUCUCCGUGGAGGGCCCCAGCAAGGCCGAGAUCGACUUCAAGGACAGGAAGGAUGGGUCCUGCUACGUGUCCUACGUCGUGUCCGAGCAGGGCGAGUACCGCGUCGGCAUCAAGUUCAACGACAAGCACAUCCCCGACUCGCCCUACAAGGUGUACAUCUCCCCCGACAUGGGCGAGGCGCGCAAGGUGGAGAUCGCGCAGUUCCCCGAGCAGGGCGGAAAGCCCAACAAGGCGCAGAACCUGCUGGUGCUCAAGAACGGAGCCAAGGGCACGCUCGACUGCAAGCUGGUGGCGCCCUCCGGCCACGAGGAUGACUGCUUCACCGACCCCCUCGACUCGGACACCUACAGCGUGCGCUUCGUGCCCCGCGAGAUCGGCAUCCACUACAUCCACGUCAAGUUCAACGGCAUCCACAUCCCGGGCUCGCCCUUCCGCCUCAGGAUCGGCAAGGACGAGGCCGACCCCGCCGCCGUCUCCGCCUCCGGCAAGGGCCUCGAGGCCUGCGUGUCCGGCCACAAAUCCGACUUCAUCGUGGACACCUGCAACGCCGGAGCGGGCACGCUGGCUGUCACCAUAGACGGCCCCUCGAAGGUUUCCAUGGACUGCACGGAGGUCGAGGAGGGUUACAAGGUCAGGUACACGCCCCUCGUGCCCGGGGACUACUACAUUGCCAUCAAGUUCAACGGCUAUCACAUUGUUGGGUCCCCGUUCAAGGUUAAGUGCUCAGGCGAGGCCGUAGCGGAGAAGGGCGUGCAGGAGUCCUCUUCAGUAGUAGUAGAAACAGUAGAGAAGCAGAAGUCGGACAAGCACGGCCAUGGUGGACCCAUCAUCCCCAGGUUUACCUCUGAUGCCUCCAAAGUCACCAGCAAAGGCCUGGGAUUGAAAAAGGCUCAUCUUAACCGACAGAACAACUUCACUGUCAAUGCCUCAGCUGCUG